GCGGUUCCUUGAUCGAGUUCCGGACUAUGGGGGCGCCCACCUUCCAACUCACCUGCAGCGACAGGUGGAACUGGGAUGGCCAUGAGACCUUUGGCGGCAUUGCGCGGCUGGCGCUGAUCCACCACAUCUGCGUCAAGCCAGUUGGUGGAACCGAACGCUUUGAUGAGGAAUUCAAUGUGCUAGACCGCGAUGCGAACCUCACGCUCCCUAUCGUCCGCUUGAAGAGCAUUAUGCAGGAGGCUCUCAGCCUGCUGAACGACUCUCCGCGGGAGUGCGACGAUAUCGGCAAGCACCAGCUGUGA